CAGUGGGUCUACUCAGUAGAAAGACAGCAUCUCCUCCUCACAGCUCUGCUGCUGCUGUUGGCCUUUGUGCGUCUAAGGACCUGACAUCCGUUCUACUGUCUUGCUCUUAUCGGAACUAACACCAUGGGGAGAUUAGAUGCGCUUCGGCAGUUUAAUUUGAUCAAAUGGCUCAGGGAGGAGAGACAGUCGAGGAAACUGAGUCUCUUCAUUGUUUUCGUCGCUCUGCUCCUGGAUAACAUGCUGCUGACUGUUGUCGUUCCCAUCAUUCCCAGCUACCUGUACAACCUGGAUGAGUCAGCAGACACGGUGCUGAAAAACAACACCUUGUCACAGCGGAGUCCUCCAGGUGCCUUCCAAAGCAUUGUGUCCUUGUAUGACAACACCUUGAGGACUUUGAUCUCCAACACCACAGUCAGGUCGACCGACCUGGUCUCUACGGCCCCCACCACGACAGAGCUGCCACAGAACUCCUCCGACUGCCCCAAGUCCGCCAGCAAGCUGCUCAGUGAGAAUGUCAAAGUGGGAAUGCUGUUCGCCUCCAAGGCCACUGUACAGCUGAUUACCAACCCCUUUGUAGGGCCACUCACAAACAGAAUAGGAUACCAACUUCCCAUAUUUGCUGGCUUCUGUAUCAUGUUCAUCUCUACUAUCAUGUUCGCCUUCUCAUCGAGCUACGCUCUGCUGUUCCUGGCCAGAUCUUUGCAAGGUGUAGGCUCCUCUUGCUCCUCUGUGGCUGGGAUGGGAAUGCUUGCAAGUGUGUACACAGAUGACGAGGAGAGAGGUCAUGCUAUCGGCAUUGCCUUGGGAGGUCUGGCCUUAGGAGUAUUAGUUGGACCCCCAUUCGGUAGUGUGAUGUAUGAGUUUGUUGGGAAGACUGCUCCUUUCCUGAUUCUGGCUUUCCUGGCUUUGUUUGAUGGAGCUCUGCAGCUCUUUGUUCUUCAGCCCACCAAGGUGGAACCAGAGAGUCAGAAGGGGACCCCGCUGUUGACACUAAUGAAGGACCCAUACAUUCUAAUUGCAGCUGGUGCUAUUUGUUUUGGAAAUAUGGCCAUUGCCAUGAUGGAGCCAACACUGCCGAUCUGGAUGAUGGAGACCAUGUGUGCCAGGAAAUGGCAGCUAGGCGUCGCUUUCUUACCAGCCUCCAUCUCCUACCUUAUUGGAACCAACAUCUUUGGCACAUUGGCGCACAAGAUGGGGAGAUGGCUUUGUGCUCUCAUUGGAAUAACGGUGGUUGGAGUCAGUGUAAUAUGUGUUCCAUUUGCCAAAGACAUCUAUGGUCUGAUUGUUCCAAACUUUGGUGUUGGUUUUGCAAUUGGCAUGGUGGACUCCUCUAUGAUGCCGAUAAUGGGUUACCUGGUGGACUUGAGGCAUGUGUCUGUUUAUGGAAGUGUGUAUGCCAUUGCUGAUGUGGCUUUCUGCAUGGGAUUUGCUUUAGGUCCAUCUAUCGGAGGAUCCAUAGCUGAGAGUAUUGGCUUCCCCUGGCUGAUGACCAUCAUUGGAAUAGUGGAUAUUUUUUUUGCUCCCCUUUGCCUCUUCCUCAGGAAUCCACCAGGACAAGAAGAGAAAAUUGCUAUUUUGAUGGACACCAACUGUUCAAUGAAGACGAGGUCCUACUCCACACAGGGGACUUACUACCAGGGUGAAAACAUGGAUCCAGAAUAUGACGAUUAUGAUUAACAGGACACCAACCAUGCAGGUUAACCCUACAAAGGAUCUAUUUUGUUGUACAAAAAAAAGGAACACAGAAGAAAAUAAAACAGCAAUGAAACAAAACAGCCAAGAUAUUUCCAUGUGAAUGUCUCGCAUUCAGUCUUCACUGUUCUGUGUCCUCUUAGCAGUUGUACUGGAGCAAACCAAAGUUGUUAUUGAUCUGUGGUUGCAAGCGCAUUGUGUGAGAUUUACUUUUUAGCCAACAUCCUUAUUAAGUAGAGAGAUGUGUCAAAAAGUACUUUUUAGGUAGUAGGAGGGUGCUGAGCAACAAGUACGCUUUGCUGGUUUAUUUUGGAUACAAAUCUGUUUUGAUUCAUGUGUCAGCCAUUAAAAGUCUUGUUUUUAUCAAGUGC